AUGCCUCUGCUCUGGCUGAGCGCCUGGAACCGCGGCGUCGAUGGUGCUCGCGUGGAGCGGGUUCUCGAGCUCUGCGGAGUUGCUAGCAACAAGAAAACCGUGUCUGGUGACAAGGCCGCCCUCAAGCCCGGCGGUCUGCGUCUGGGAACCCCCGCCAUGACCUCUCGUGGCUUCCAGCCCGAGGAGGUUAAGAUGGGAGAGCCACCGGGCGCCCUGGUUGCUGAAACCCUGCGAUAUAGUCGACCAAGUGAUGUAUGGACUAUGGACCCGACCGAACGCCUCCGAGGAUCACAGUCCUCCACCUCGCUGCUAAGAGGCCGUGACGACCGCCGUGGUGUGCCAGCACGACAUAAGGUGGCCGGCCCAUUGUUCAGUGCGAUUACUGUGCCUGCCGUUGGCACCUCUGCAGACAUGAUUGCGACCAAGACCUGGCGGGGAAUCUCGCGGUGCUAG